UGUGCACCAGUCGAUUAAAGAGUCCACACACACGGAGUGAAGAUGGCGAUGAGAGCAGCGUUGCGGUGCCUCUCCACAAACUUUUCCCCCAGACUCCCUCAACUCUCGUCGGCAGCGCAGGUCUCGGCGACUCGGCUGUUGUGGAGGAGCGGCUCUCUGCGGACUCUUAGCACGAGCUCGGCCCUGUCCACAGCCCUAAAGUUCACAGAUAAGCACGAGUGGGUGCAGGUUGAGGGAGGAAUUGGCACCGUUGGUAUCAGCAGUUAUGCUCAGGAAGCAUUAGGUGAUGUGGUUUACUGUGGACUACCUGAAACUGGCCAAAGACUUGAACAACUGGAGGAGUUCGGGGUCUUGGAAAGUGUAAAGGCUGCCAGUGAGCUUUACUCACCGCUGACCGGAGAGGUGACUGAGAUCAACACAGAGCUUGCAGAGAAUCCUGGUCUCGUGAAUAAAUCCUGCUAUGCAGAUGGGUGGCUGAUCAAGAUGACGAUUGAAAAGCCUGAAGAACUCGAUGGCCUCAUGGAUCAAGCUGCAUAUGAUAAAUUCCUUAAGUCACUUGAAGAAUAAUUUGAGGAACUCUCCCUUCUGUACUGUUCUGUAAUGUCAUUUCAAACAAUGAUUAUUAGGCAGAGUUACUAACCUCAUGUGUGACUCCUUUUCUUAUCUGUGCUAUUUAUUUUGAUACUGGAAUUUUGCUAUCAAAAUAAUUUUAAAUCGUCUUUAAUAUAUUCCAUUUAGGUUAGAAUUUAGUUUCGCUACCAGCCAACAUAAAAGGGCUCCUAAACUUGUGAUCCUUCAUAGAUAUUGGGUCUUUCAGCUACUUGCUCCAUAUUUAAAUAUGCACAGAUGUGGUGGAAAAACUAGCAAAUGAUUGUGAUGCCAUAUCAAUUCAUUUAAUAAAAUUUGGUUUAAAAAGUA